AUGCCUUCCUCUACAUCGAGGGGGUCAUCCUCUCCCCCACCACUGAUCUCUACUGAGCAGGAAGGCAGCCCUGAGCUUGAAAGUCCAUCGAAGAUCACUCAGUACAACAAGCGAACCGGCCGCCCUGUACGCCGAAGCGCUGGGAAAAUGAAACGUGAUGCGGGGUAUGUGGAUUCUACCGUUAUCGAAGAAAAAGAUUUCAUACCGUUUACCUCCGAAGACGAGAGUGAGGAGGACGACAGCGACAAGCCAAAGCGCAAGCGGAAACGAAGCCCAUCCCCACCAUCUCCACCCGUUGAUCCUAUCAUCUACAACCCACGUCUUGAUGAUCUGACGGAUGACGAGACAGUGAGUGCGUUUCGCCGCCGCACACCGAAGAAGACACCUGUUACCCUUCGGUUCGAUGUACCGUUAGGAUACCAUGGUCCGCUGCUUGUAAAGCUGGAUCCUACUAUCUUGAACUCGGAGGACACAGACAAAGGACACGGUAUGCAACAGGCAAAGAGGAGUCGCAGAACCAGCCCAGAACCCGCCGCCCCCCAGAAACGGCAUAAGGGCUUUACCGACCUACCACCCGAGCUACGUAACAAGGUCUACCGAUAUGCCUUUGUGCGCGACAGGAACUUCCAGAUACCUGCUUGCAAGCCUUGGGGAAGCGGAGAUAUCUGCCAGUCAGGCCAGUUCUUGAGCACAUGUAAGUUAGUGCACAACGAAGGCUGCUCCAUUCUAUACGGCGAGAACACUUUUGCUUUCGAGAGGCAUGAGAGCACACGCGGUACGUUCUACGAGCACAAGCCCAAGGAGAUUGGCUACCAGGAUGCUCUGCAAUUCCUCAAGAUGAUCGGCCCGGAAAACAUCCAGUAUCUGCGAGAUAUUAAGAUCAUCUUCAACGAUGCUCGCCCGUCCGAUACGCCGGACGUGAAUUCCAAUGAAGAUCGACGUUAUAUGUCAGAUGCGGUUUUGAUCAACGUUCUGCGCAUCUUGCGAAAUGCCAAGUUGCGCAAACUGUCCUUGGCGUUUAUUGGUCGACGAAACCUUCAGAGCUCCGACGUCAGGUUUCUGGGUUAUCUAGAGCAGAUCAAGGUGGACGAGUUGAAGAAGUGGGUCCAGCCGAGGAGCUACUACUUCGAGCACAAGAUCCGUCACAGUGUCUGGAUCGACCUCGUCGAGCAGAUGGUCCGCAAGAAGAAACUGUAUGACACUGAGUAG